GUCGUGGUUCUGCUUCUUGUCUCCAAAUCAUCUGAUUGUUCUGCUGCAGGUGAAGAACGUCUGUCCCAAGGAUGAAAACUUCCAAUAACUUCGUGGGGACUCUGAUUUAAAAACAUUUUGUCCUCCAUGAUUUUUCAUUUUCAUCUGACGAUUGAGGAGAAGUGAAGCUUCACUAUGAGUCAAACUGGAAGCCUGUUGCUGUCCACCACCCAUCACCUGCUGGUCUUGUUGACUUUUGUCUCAGCUGAAUUAUCAUAUUCAGUAGCAGGAGACUCAGGUUUGACCCUAAAGUCUAACAGCACGUCCAGAAAUCAGACCAAAUGUGGUGGCAGCACCGAGUGCAUUCAAGGUGUGAUUCUGCCAGUGUGGAAGCCAGAAAACCCAGCCUUUGCAGACCGCUUGGCCAGAGCCACCAUUUACUUUGUGGGGCUAUUCUACAUGUUUGUAGGAGUCUCCAUCAUCGCUGAUCGUUUCAUGGCAUCCAUUGAAGUCAUCACCUCUCAGGAAAGAAAGAUCACCAUAAAGAAACCAAAUGGAGAGAAGAUCACCACUACGGUUCGCAUUUGGAAUGAGACGGUGUCCAACCUGACUCUGAUGGCACUGGGUUCAUCCGCACCUGAAAUCCUCCUGUCAGUUGUUGAAGUUUGUGGUCACAACUUUAACGCCGGUGAACUGGGUCCAAACACCAUCGUAGGAAGCGCUGCCUUCAACAUGUUUGUCAUAAUGGGCCUUUGUGUUUCUGUCAUUCCUGAUGGAGAGACCAGAAAGGUGAAGCAUCUGCGGGUGUUUUUCGUUACCGCCACCUGGAGCGUGUUUGCUUACACCUGGCUGUACCUGAUCCUGGCAGUUUUUUCUCCAGGUGUUGUUGAAAUAUGGGAGGGGCUUCUAACACUCUUCUUCUUCCCUUUUUGUGUUGGAUUUGCUUAUGUGGCCGACCGUAGACUUCUAUUCUACAAGUAUGUGUACAAGCGAUACAGAGCUGGAAAGCAGAAAGGAAUGAUUAUUGAGACAGAGGGUGAGCCAGAACUUCCAUCAAAGGUGGACAUUGAAAUGGACGGCAAAAUGCUCAACUCUCAUGGAGAUGAGCUACUGGAUGGAGAGAUAGGGUGUGAGGUGAAGGAUGAGGAGGAGGGAGGUAGAGAGCUGGCCAGGAUCUUGAAAGAGCUGAAACAGAAACAUCCAGAGAAGGAGAUGGAACAACUGAUGGAGCUUGCUAAUUACCAGGUGUUAACCCAGCAACAGAAGAGUCGGGCCUUUUACCGCUGUCAGGCCACCAGGAUCAUGACAGGAGCUGGUAACAUCCUAAAGAAACAUGCCGCCGAUCAGGCCAAGAGAGCCACACAGCAUGACAUCUGCUCUGAGAUAUCAGUCAACACCUUUUCCUCUAAGGUCUUCUUCGACCCUGGAAACUACCAGUGUCUGGAGAACUGUGGCAGUGUGGUACUCAAUGUGGUCUGCAGAGGUAGAGACUUGACAACUACGGUCUGCGUGGAUUACCGGACUGAAGAUGGCACCGCGAAUGCUGGUUCAGACUACCAAUUUACUGAAGGAACUGUUGUGUUCAAACCGGGGGAGACCGAAAAGGAAAUCCGCAUUGAUAUUAUUGACGAUGAUAUCUUUGAGGAGGAUGAGCACUUCCUGGUUCACCUCACCAAUGUAAGGGUCAUAUCAGAAGGUGCGAAUGAUCAUGAGAUGAACCACACUGACAGCCUUGCAGGGCUAGGUCUGCCAUGCACAGCCACCGUCACCAUCUUUGACGAUGACCACGCUGGGAUCUUUACCUUUGAGGAGCCGGUGGUGACUGUGAGCGAGAGCAUUGGAAUAAUGGAGGUGAAAGUGAUCAGGAACUCAGGAGCCCGUGGCGUUGUGGUGGUGCCAUACAAAACCAUAGAAGGGACAGCUAAAGGUGGUGGAGAGGACUUUGAGGACACACAUGGAGUUUUGGAGUUUGACAACGAUGAGAUUGUCAAAACGAUUCGAAUCAACAUCGUUGAUGACGAAGAGUACGAAAAAAACAAGAAAUUCUUCUUAGAGAUCGGAAAGCCUCAGCUCCUCGAGAUGAGUGAACGGAAAGCUGUGUUGCUUCAGGAAGUUGGUGGCUUCAUACAGACAGGCAAACAGCUGUUUGGUAGAGACAUCUACAGGAAAGUCCAGGGCAGAGACCGCCAUGCCCUGUCCAACAUCAUCAGCAUCACAGAUGGAGUGUGUGAGGAGGUUUUGACAAAGAAGGAGGAGGAGGAGAGGCAGAUUGCAGAGAUGGGCAGACCAACAUUGGGCGAACACGUCAGACUGGAGGUCAUCAUCGAGGAAUCGUAUGAGUUCAAGAGCACAGUGGAUAAACUCAUUAAGAAGACCAACCUGGCUCUGGUGAUAGGGACGAACACCUGGAGGGAGCAGUUUGUGGAGGCCAUCACCGUCAGCUCCGGUGAUGAUGAUGACGAUGAAUGUGGUACAGAGAGAAUGCCCUCCUCUUUCGAUUAUGUGUUGCACUUUCUGACUGUCUUCUGGAAGCUUCUGUUUGCUUUUGUUCCUCCAACGGACUACUGGAAUGGCUGGGCCUGCUUCAUCGUCUCCAUCAUCGUCAUCGGCAUGUUGACCGCCGUCAUCGGAGACCUGGCAUCACAUUUUGGCUGCACAGUUGGCCUCAAAGACUCCGUCACUGCUGUGGUGUUUGUCGCUUUGGGUACUUCAGUACCAGACACCUUCGCAAGUAAAGUGGCAGCCAUCCAGGACCAAUACGCUGAUGCCUCCAUCGGGAACGUUACAGGAAGUAACGCUGUCAACGUCUUUUUAGGAAUUGGCGUGGCGUGGUCCAUUGCUGCCAUCUACCACUACAGCAAGGGGGAGGAGUUUAAGGUGGACCCAGGAACUCUGGCCUUCUCCGUCACCCUCUUUACCAUCUUUGCUUUCAUCUGCAUCGCCGUCCUGAUUUACCGGCGCCGGCCAGCCAUUGGUGGGGAACUCGGUGGUCCACGAAUCCCUAAAAUCUUGACAUCCUGCCUGUUCUUUAGCCUGUGGUUAAUGUACAUCAUCUUAUCAUCGCUGGAAGCGUAUUGCCACGUAAAGGGCUUCUAGGAACUGUGCUUCAAAGUCAAAUUCUGGUUCUAAUGAAUUUUCAUUGGUUCCACUGGAAUAGGUCCUGCUGAUUCUAACAGGUUCCUAUACUGUGUGUUUUUCUGUGAAGAUCAGUAGAGGUUGUAAGAGGGUCUCAUAGAUUAUGGGAUCCUACAGGUUCUGAUGGUUCUGGCCUGAGUGCUUUUGAAUGAAUUGUCAGAUUUUUGUUUUAACUGAGAUGUUUGGGUCAAUUCUGCUGGUUCCUCUAAGUUCCUUUAAUUUCUGUCAACAUCUUCCAUUUUUCUGACCUUCUGGUGGGGUUCUCUGGUUGAAGGUUGAGGUCCAGUUACUCUCUGUCAUAUUUUUGGAGUGUUGGUGAACAGUUGGUUGUCUGUGUUCUGGUUUCUGUAGAACAGUUUUUAAACAUCCUGUUGAACUCAGAAUGCAGGUUUGACUCAGCAGUAGUUUACUCUCAGCGUAUUUUUAAAGUGAGUUCUUUGAGGUUUUUUGAAGUUCUACUAGGUCCAAAAACGUUCAGUGGGUUUUCUUUGUCUUGCUUAUAACUGUGAGGCUGUUUAUAAAUGUGAGGAUUUUUAGCGUCUUUUCGAGACUCUUCAAAUGAUGUCUUUGUUUGACAUGCAACAGUUGCAGGAUCCUGAUGGGCUGAUGCUCCACCUGGUUCUUCACUGUGACUAGUUCUCUGGGUUUGGAUAAAAAGCUUUUAAAUAUGCUCAUGGAUUGACAGAACAUUUAGAUUUCUUGGAUGUUCUGUCUAACUGUUUCUGGUGACUGUUUCGGAUUAUUUUGUGCCUGCUGAGGGCUGGUGACCCCCUGUCUUCAGUAAAUUUCCCUGUGUGAUAACUCUUCCACCUUUAGUUGAGCACAAUGUUUUGUCAUGCAUGAACUGUGAAGCCACCCCCACAACAGAGACCCCAGGCAGCACUUAGUUUUUGUUAAUCAGGGGAUGUUGAGGUCUUCUGAUAUUCCUUAGUUUUUAUUCUGUGAUGUGAUUGGUUGUUUGGGUGAUGUCAACAUAAACUGGUUGUUAAAUAUUAAAAUUAAUUGAGUGAUUA